AUGAUGCCAAAAGCACCAAAGAGUCAGUACAGAAGACCAAGAGGAGCCUCUAUAGAGGUUGCGGAAACCAUGGGUUCAGGAGCAGCCAAAAUAAAGAAGAAAAUCAGAGAUAUUGAAAGAUUAUUAAAGAAAAAUGAUAAAUUACCAGCAGAUAAGAGAGUUGAAUAUGAUAGAGCAUUAAAAGCUUUAAAAGUAGAAUUACAAAAUACUCAAGUUCAGUUAAAAGCAAAAGAAAUCGGGAAGAAAUAUCAUAUGGUUAGAUUUUUUGAAAAGAAAAAGGCCAUUAGAAAAUUAAAACAAUUAAGAAAACAAUUUGAAGAAGUUAAUCAAACUGGUAUAAGAAAAGAUAUCAAAAAGAUAAGAAAACAACUAAGACAUGGGGAAGUUGAUUUAGCUUAUGUGAUUUUAUUCCCAAAAACUGAAAAAUAUAUUUCUCUAUAUCCAAAUGCAAAAGAAAAUGAUGAAGUUGAUAUGUCAAAUCCAAAGGCUAAACUUGGUGCUCGUAAAACAGAAGAAAGAAGGAAGCAAAUCAGAAAGGAAGUUGAGAAAUUAAUGGAAGAUGGAAAACUUCCAUUCUCAAUAGAUGAAGCAAUUACAGGAAAAGCAAUUACGCUUUAUACCGAGACGGUUGGACAAUCUACAUCCAUUUCACAAGAAAUUGAUGCUCCUGAAGUUAAGAAAGAAGGAGAAGAGGAAGAAGAAGAUGAAUUCUUUGAAUAG